AUGUUGCUUAUUCGACAGAGUACUGGCCAUGCUUGGGAAAGAGAUCGCGCUUGCGAAUGGUGUUUACAGGCUGAGGUUGAGGCGGUGGCAUCGUCAUGGGGUCAUCUUUUUGCAGCAGAGCAAGCAAUUUGUUUCUUUGUUUGUAUUCCUAAGACUGAGCACAACACUUUUGUGUUAGCGAGGAAAGCACAAGAAAAAAAAGAUUACCAAAAUUUAUUAGAAAGAAAGAGUGAGAGGAGGGAAGGAAAAUCAAUGGCUUUGCCAAGGUUUAUAGUGCUGAAAGCUACUUACAACAAAAAAUACUUACGCUACCUAGAUCGAGAUGGGGUGGAUCAUGGAUAUUUAGGAUUUACUGAAGAGGAUGUUAUAAGCCCGUAUGCAAAGCACCAAGUGGAGAUGGCCAAGUGUGAGAAGGGACUGGUGAACAUAAGGUGCUGCUACAACAAUAAGUUCUGGGCUAGGGCGUCGGAGAGCACCGAAUGGGUUUCUGCUACGGCUGACAAACCAGAGGAAGACAAAUCAAAAUGGUCAUGUACACUGUUCAAGGUCAUCUACGUAAAUCCUGAUGCUGAUAUAAUCCGACUUCGACACAUCCAGCUCGACCACGAUGCAUGCGAAUCGUGUGGUUAUGGUUCCUGGUUGAACGCGAAAGCCUUAGGAGUUGACAUUAGCGACAAACGAAACGAAUUCACCGUUAUCGAUUGGGAAUCGCUGUUGAUACUUCCCAAACACAUCACGUUGAAAGGUGAUAAUGGUAUGUACCUCAGCUCCCGUUUGAUUCAUGGAGACAAUUGUCUGCGGUUCGACUCUUGUGACAUUGGAGAUGCAGCUGUGAAGCACACAGUCUUCACCAACGGUGAUGGAUCUAUUAGUAUCAAGUCUGAUUACUUCGGCAAAUAUUGGGAGCUCGACUGCAAAAAUAAGGGUGUAUAUGCUGACGCGGAAGGCACCGUCACCGACAAGGCCACAUAUUUUAUGCCCAUCAGAGUUGGUAACAAUGUCAUCGCUCUCCGCAACUUGAUUACCAACGACUUCUGCAACAGACUGGUCACGGACAGUGACUUUGAUAGUGUUCUCCUUUCUUCUGCCUCCAACAUUAACAAGUUGGCGAGGUUCGAGGUGGAAGAGGCGGUUCUUUCAAGAAGAAUCUACAACAUAAGUUUUCGACUCGAUGAAGCUAGGAUCUACAACGAGAAUAAGGUCUCAAUGGCCAGUGGAGAGGCCGUUAAUAUGACACAAGACUCUAACACUGUAAACCUUAAACUCUCCUACACAGAGACAAAGAGCAGCACCUGGAAUAACAGUGUUGGAGUGAAUGCAGGAGUUAAGACCACAAUUGUGACAGGCAUUCCGUUCAUUUUUGAGGGAAAGGUUGAAGUUUCUUUGGAAGGCUCUUACACACAUGAGUGGGGAGGAUCAGUGACAUCAACAAAUGAAGUCGAGACUAUGUAUACGGCUACUGUACCCAAAGAGAAUACGGUGAGGGUAAGUCUAAUGGCAACACAGGGUACAUGCGACGUGCCUUUCUCCUAUACUCAGAGAGACACUCUUUUCGAUGGGAGAAAAAUCACCUACGACAAGGAUGAUGGCUUAUACACAGGCAUCAAUUGCUACCACUUCAACUACAAGAGCGAAGCUGAAAAACAAUCAUGUAUGACGUUUAUCAAAUAA